AUGAGGUACAUUUUCCUCGACAUCGACGGCGUCUUGCAUCCAGCGACGGCCGGCACCGACCGCCAGUUUUCUCCAAACUGCUUGCGAGCGCUGCGGACGAUUGUUGGCGCCACAGGCGCAGCUCUGAUACUCUCGUCGUCGUGGCAGUCGUCGCAGGCCGCGGCAGAGGUGGUGGACGAGGAGCUGGCGCGGUGGGGCCUGCCGCGGUGCUCAGGGCGCACGUCAGCCGGGCCGACCGGCGUUGGCGCAGCUGCACGCGCGGGCGAGAUCUUGGCUUGGCUCGCGGCGAAGACAGAGGUCGAGGCGUGGGUUGCUCUCGACGACCUGCCACUGCUCGCGCACCGAUCGUACGGCCGCUUUGUGCAGACGGAUCCGGCGGUCGGCCUAACAGAGGCGGAUGCAGCUCGAGCCAUAGCGCUGCUAGGCGGGCCUGCGGACGACGCACCGUCGCUGCCACCGCCGCCGACCGAGGAGGAUCUCGCCGCGACCCUGCUCUCUCCGGCGGCAAAGUCGCGCGAGCGGCGCCUCCUAUCCGCCUCGGUCGACCACACCGUCUUGGGCGGUGCUGCCUUCAGCUUCUUUGCCUCCCCCUCGCGCUAG